CGCUGUGGCUCUUUGUUGGCUUAGCAGCGGCGACGGUUUGUUGUUAUUUUCGCUGCAGCUGAAAAACAGGCUUGGAUCAUUUGGGCUUUCUUAUUGUUCCACAAUCUGUAUUUCACGCUUUUCAUUUUCAGGUGUGUUUGUCAUAAGUUGAUAACCACCUUAGAAAUGGACUCGGACGAGGGUUACAACUAUGAAUUCGACGAAGACGAGGAGGAAUGUAGCGAGGACAGCGGUGAAGAGGAGCCCGAGGACGACACCCUGGAGCUCGGGGAGGUGGAGUUGGUCGAUCCCGUGGUGGCCGUUGGGGACCGAGAUGAAUGCGGUGAGACUGGCGGAGGUGGCCACGGUCCCGGUGAAGAAGAGGAGGAGGACUACCGUUUCGAGGUGUUGACUGCCGAACAGAUUCUUCAGCAUAUGGUGGAGUGUAUUAAGGAGGUCAACGAGGUCAUACAGAAUCCUGCAACAAUAACACGCAUUCUUCUGAGUCAUUUCAACUGGGAUAAAGAGAAGCUUAUGGAAAGGUAUUUUGACGGUAACUUGGACAAGCUUUUUGCCGAGUGUCACGUCAUCAACCCCAGCAAGAAACCUCGGCUUCGUCCUCCAAUCAAUACAAGAUCAUCAGCACAGGACAUGUCAUGUCAGAUCUGCUAUCUGAACUACCACAACUCUUAUUUUACAGGUCUGGAAUGUGGACACAAAUUCUGCAUGCAAUGUUGGGGAGAUUACCUGACAACCAAAAUCAUAGAAGAAGGAAUGGGACAGACUAUUUCUUGUCCUGCACAUAGUUGUGACAUUUUGGUUGAUGACAACACUGUCAUGCGCCUCAUAACAGAUUCAAAAGUGAAGUUGAAGUACCAGCAUUUAAUUACGAAUAGUUUUGUAGAGUGCAAUCGACUGUUAAAGUGGUGCCCUGCACCAGACUGCCAUCAUGUUGUCAAAGUUCAAUACCCAGAUGCCAAACCUGUGAGGUGCAAGUGUGGCCGUCAGUUUUGCUUCAAUUGUGGUGAGAACUGGCAUGAUCCCGUCAAAUGUAAGUGGCUCAGGAAAUGGAUUAAGAAGUGUGAUGAUGAUAGUGAAACUUCAAAUUGGAUUGCAGCAAACACUAAGGAGUGUCCAAAAUGCCAUGUGACCAUUGAAAAAGAUGGUGGCUGCAAUCAUAUGGUUUGUCGGAACCAGAACUGCAAAGCUGAGUUCUGCUGGGUCUGCCUGGGUCCAUGGGAACCCCAUGGCUCUGCCUGGUACAACUGCAAUCGCUACAAUGAAGAUGAUGCUAAAGCAGCCAGGGACGCUCAAGAGCGCUCCAGGGCAGCCUUGCAGAGGUACCUGUUCUACUGUAACCGCUACAUGAACCACAUGCAGAGCCUGCGCUUUGAGCACAAGCUGUAUGCUCUGGUCAAGCAGAAGAUGGAGGAAAUGCAACAGCAUAACAUGUCCUGGAUUGAAGUGCAGUUUCUGAAGAAGGCUGUGGAUGUAUUGUGCCAGUGCCGCUCCACACUCAUGUUCACUUACGUCUUUGCCUUCUACCUCAAGAAGAACAACCAGUCCAUUAUUUUUGAGAACAACCAGGCAGACCUAGAAAAUGCCACUGAGGUGUUGUCUGGCUACUUAGAGCGGGAUAUCUCCCAGGAUUCCUUGCAGGAUAUUAAGCAGAAAGUACAAGAUAAGUACAGAUACUGUGAGAGCAGACGAAGAGUGCUGCUCCAGCACGUGCACGAAGGUUAUGAGAAGGACCUGUGGGAGUACAUUGAGGAUUGAGGACACGUCCCAAUGCAACGGACUCUUGACAAACUAGAGCGCUGAUGCAAUUAAACAGGGCAGCACGGGCCUUCUGCCGCCUCUCCUCUGGCAAGCCAACCACUUUUGCAUAUUUUUUUUCCUGGAUUUGUUUAACAAAGUCUUCAAAGUAAAUUAUAUUUAAAUAAAAAGGUAGAGUAAUUAAAAGAAAGUGUACUACAGUAUUGUUAGCAGCAGAGGGGAGUCUUGAGAAAGAAAAUCCAUUUAAAAUGAAUACAUCUUUUUUUGUAUUGUAUUGUAACACCUCUGAACUUCUUUUUUUCUGCUUGUGAAUUUUUAUGUUUUCAUUUUUGACUUUUGUUUUGUCAUUAGUGUGAAAAUGUUUUCAACACAGCUUUAAUUGUCCUGGCCAUGUCUGCAGUAUGUGAAGAGAUCUUUGUGUCUGAAUGGUAAUAUUCAGAUUGAAGAAAUUUCAGAGGGAAAGGAAGAAGAAAAACAGUCAAAAAGAACAACAACCAGUGUAUUUUUUUUUUUCUUCAAAUUGUAAAUAAUCCAUAUGCAUGGAUGUUUAAGAGAGAGUGGCACGUGUUUGCAUAAUUUUGAGCUAUUUAUUCUUUAACAAUAGUCCAAAAGGCCUACUUUUGACAUGCUGGUUCAGUCUGUCUGCUCCAACAUGCUGUGGGAAUUUGGAGGUCUGUGGCAAUAAGGCAUCUGCCGUAGCAUCAUCAGUCUCUUCAGAAUAGUGCACAAGUUACACUUUUUUUAUAGUAACUCUCAAUGGAGACUGAUGGAAAGAAGUUAUCCUACCAAGAUGCCAAGCGAUAAAGGAUUCCGUGAAAGCGCAUGGCCAGGUUAGGAAAUAAACGGCAAGACAAGUUUUAAAGUCUGACGGUCUCUGGUCUAUUCUAACCUUUUGCUGUACCCCUUUAGUUGUUUUUAGAGGUGUUUAACAUUAAAGAUUACUAAUUAUUUGUAAAAGCCAAACUGAGUGACAUUCACUCCCCCUCCCUUUACCACCCUGGCUUGAGGUAGCCCUCUUAAAGCUUGUCUUGCACCUUGGAGAGAAUAAGAUUAAGUGAAUGUAGUGACGGUGCAGCUUCAUGGCGCUGGUCGUGGGGUCACUAAUGCGGGGAGUGGAUGUCCUGAUGCAGAUUGGGGCCCUGCUUCUUAGAAGACAUCUCUUGCCUUUCGGUGAGACCGAAAAUUGUUUUGAAGUCAGCUCUGUGAACGGACAUAAGUAUUUGGACAUUGAUUAAGUGUUUAUUUUAGUAGUCUCCCCCAGCAUAUUCAAACAAAAUAAAUAUGAGCUCAAAGUGCAGACAUACCCAAACAGGGUGAAUGGUGUCAUAUUUACAGCACUUCUACAUGCAGUCCCAUGCAGGUGUUUUUAAGUCUAAAGUAACGUUAUCAAAGUCUAAAUUUCUUUAAAAGUAUUGUGAUCCUUGCUCUUACUCAUAGGCAGAUGAAGAAUUACGGGCAAAUGUCAAGAGAUUAUAGCAUUUUUUUUAAACCUUUGCUUUUGCAUUCAGGAGUGUUUUUUUUGGGGGGGGGGGGGCAUGUGGUUUGAGGAUUUGCCAUUGAACUGUCCGCACGCCGGCAGGUUUUACAUCGUUCUGUAUGUGGUGGUAGCAGCUCCGGUCCGCCAACUGACUGUAAACGUUCGUAUGUGUCUCUGCAAUGUGCCUCAAGUCACAAGAUAGACUGAAGGGGACACGAAUAUGUACAAGUCAGAAGAUGAGCCAACCGCACUGUGCAGAGACUCGGCCGUCGCCCCACUUUCACAACUUUGGGUAAUUGUCACCCAAAUGCUUCUGUUAUUUUUAUCAGUUUUAGCAGAAAUAUAAUCUGUAUCGUUAAUUUCAAUAAAUGUCAUGAGGAAAUGGUUUUGUUUUGUUUGGGAGUACUGUGUGAGUAAUUACUCAAGCAUCCAUAAUGCAUUUCUGCACUGCGGUAUGUAUUUUGUGAUGUCAUGUACUAUAGACUAUGGAGAAGAGCUGAGAAUGUUUUUUUCAGGACUGAAGGCAUUUAUUUGGUAAUUCAUAAAUUCAGAUUAACUCCCCCCCACCACCAAUUUUACUUUCACAUUGUCACUUAAAGUUGAAGUGAUUGUUGGUCAACUUUGUAUUGUCAGAAACCAAUAAAGUGAAUAGAAAACAGAUCAGCAGUUGUACAGGUAACAUCAGCUACAAAUAUCUUUUCGUGGACUCGUUUUUCAUGUCUGCAUUUAAUUCAUGAUUAUUUCAAAGUAAGAGCAGCAACACAUUAAAUUGCGACAUCUAAAAAAAGUUUCAUACUUUUCUACGUGUCUUUUUCUUAAUGCUUUCACAGGUGUGUUUUUGUUUCCCCAAGUAAGUGUAAUAUGGUAAGAAAAAAAACUAGUCUGUUUUGGAGAAAAUAUUAAAGUACAACAUAUUCCAAUGUC